UCUCCGUUAAUUUAUUCCACACCCACAUGCCUCUCUCACAAUAAAUCCAAUCAGCAAAGCCCAGCCUUCUCCAGUCACAUAGGAGAGAAACUAAGAGCUACCGAGUAACAAAACCAAAAAAAAAAAGCGCAAGGAAUGGGUUCCCAAGACGAAGAGAUCUUGUCGCCGCCGAUCUGGAAGAGCGCGGCCAUGAAAGAGCUGGCCCGGGGGCUGGAUUCCGUCGCCAAGCUUGCUUCUCUGCUUCAAGCUGCUUCGUCGGAGAACGGUCGGCCGGAGGCUGCGACGGCCGGACUUCUUGCUGAAGAGAUUAUGUGCAGGAUCAGUAAAGCAAUGGCUGCGCUGGAGUCUGGGGGGAAUAUUCCUUCUUCUUGUGUUACUGGUAACAAGGAGGGUGUAGGAGGAAAGAGCAAGAUGCAGAGCACAAGGAAAGCAGGUUACAGAAGAAGCAGAGGGAGUCCAUAUUCAUGGACAAGGAUUACUUCAAACACAAUUGAUGACGGACAUACAUGGAGGAAAUAUGGGCAAAAGGAUAUCUUCAGUGCCAAAUACCCAAGAAGCUACUUCAGAUGCACACACAAGUUUGAUCAAGGUUGCAAGGCCUCAAAGCAGGUGCAGAGAUCAGAGGACGAUCCCUCCUUGUAUGUCAUCACCUACUUUGGCGAGCAUACGUGCGUUGACGCAAAAAAGGCCACUAUUACUCCUUCCAGAGAGCUCUGCAUCAUUAGCUUCGAAUCAAGCAAUGGAGAAAAUAUUAAACAAGAGACUCUAACUUCUUUCCCAUCUCUCAAUCAAGAAAGCGAGGAAGAAGUUCUUAGCAAUCUUACCUCUGCUGAUUCAGCUUCUGACUACUUUGUUUCGCCUAAGGUUGAUAUAAAAAAAUCUGAGGAGCAAACGGCAGCAGAGCUUGGGCAAGAACACAAUGGACUACCAUUAGCUUUGUACUCUUCACUCAUGAAUUAUGGCAUGGAAUUCAUGGACUAUGAGGAAUUUUUGAAUUUUGAUCACGAUCUCUUUCAAAAUUAGGCUAUAAGGCGUCUUUAGUUGCUGAUGUAUAUAGCUAGUAGAAAGAGACUUGCAGCAUCUUGUUUUCUGUUACAGUAAGUAGGGAGAUUGAAGAAGCAGCUGCUAAUACGCAGUUGCUUUUUCUUAAAGAAGUCCUUUUCCUUCUGUGUUAGGCUUUGCACUUACUUUCUGAUAAACCCACCAAGUGAUUCCUGUAAACUAUUAGUUUGUAGUUACUGGUAAGUUUCAGAGUUCCGUGAUUGUCAGUAUAAGUUGUAACAUCCUAUUUUAAUGUCAAUAAAACUCUUUUUGGGGCAAUCAAACCAAAUUCUGGAUAGAAAACUCAUCAAAUUACUUCUUUAACAACCUCUUAAACAUUUUACAAAAUAUACCGACGUUAAUGUAAAAAAUCAUGAUGAAAUAGCCCUUUCAAUGCUGAGGUGAUUUCGUUCAUGUUUAAAGAGUAUUCAUUAAGAUUAACGGUAAGUUCAAGCUUCUGCAAAUUUUGCAGGAAAAGAAGACCAUGCAUGUGCAUUUUGUCCCAAAAAGGCUCCUGAACUUCACGUAAGUUGAACAAAGGGAUGUAUUUUUUCAAGUCUUCAGUAAAAUAAAAAAAAAAUAAAACUUCCCCAGUUGCAUUUGCUUUAAACUUCUUCAACCUGAAAUUGAACAAAGCAUCAGGUAACUAAAAUCAAUAGAAGUUCUCUCAGGCAUCGGGUGGCUAUGAACUUAAAACAAAUAAAUGUGCAGGUCAGAUCAUCAACAUUUACAAAUACCAUGUAAACAAUGAAGGAAAAUCUUCCUCGAACACACAAAAUUGGCAAAGAACUCGGACUAAGUUAAAAAACAGUCGAUUGACAAGAAAUACUUCCGUACCAUUACCUCAAAUAAUUGUCAGUUUAGCACAAUAAUAAAUGUAAUUGUAUAUAUAUAAAACGGUCUUGUGUUUCAAUUUCCAAGUCUCAUCUUAAAAUGAAAUAAUUACUCUUGAAAUUAGGCAUGCGGGUAAUGGACACCCUUAAUCUAUUAAGAUUGGACAUGAUUAAUAGGACAUAGGUAGAGAGAGAAACACAUAUAUAGUCACAUAUAUAACUAGGUAGAAAAAGAGGAUACAUACAAUUUCAUACUUAUAACCACACUCCUACAUAAAUAAAUACACAAAAUACAGCCAUCUGAUGGGUUUCGUUUAUACUAGUGUGCAUAUGGAAUCCCGAACAAAGCCACUAACACAUACACACAAAUCUAUAUUGCUGCAGACAUACAUGCAUGCCAAAUAUGCAAGAAUACCAAAGAACCAAAUAGUUAACAAUUCUGGAAGGUUAAUUAAUAUAUCAUACACUAACUAUGUCUUAGUAUUCUAAUACGACGGGAGAAGGGGAGCAGAGAGGCUGAUCCAACCAAGCGAAUUAGCUAGGGCCCAAUCAGCACUUGGGCUGGGCGAAACUCUCAGCAGCACUAAGUGGGGAUUUCGGCCCCCCUUGUGGGGCUAAAUAAAGCUAUAGAUUAUUAUGAAAGGAGAAAUUAAGGGGAAGUUAUUUAAGGGUUUAGGGGAGUUUUAAUUAUAAUUGAGGAGGAAUUAAGGGGAAGUUAUUUAGGAAAAUUUUAAUUCGAAUUGAAGGAAAGAAUUUUAAUUUUAAAUGGAAAUAGAAGACAAAAAUUAAUUAAGGCAAUAGGGGAAUUAAUUGUUGUUUUAACUCCAAUUUGAAUUCAAAGUAAGAGAGAGAAUUAAUUAAGAGAGUAAAUCUAUUUGAGAAGGAAAUAGGAAGAGCUUAUUUAAGGCUAGUUAUUUUGUUAUGAGAGUAUGGGUGUUUUGUUUGUUUAAUGUAGUUUUUCAUCUUGAGGGCUUCCUAGCGACAUCUACAUUGAUUGGGAGAGCCAAUCUACCUCUCGAAUAAUAGAUCACUUGUAUCUUCAUUAUUGUUGAAGAAUUAAUAAAAAAUCAACCCCUAUCUUUGUGUUCAUGCACUUCUUCUUGUUUAUUGUGUUGUUUUCACUUCCAAAUCGUAUCAUAAUGUCUACUAGAUUCUCCUUCGUAUCUAUUUUUUUCAACUGAAUAUUUCCUUCAUCAAUGAAGUCCCGAACAAAGUGAUACCACUACAGGAAAAACAUUUCUUUCUGGCGAAAUUUCUGAUGGAUAUAAGACAGCCGACAAUAUCAACGGAAAUACCAGUGGAUUUUUUGAAGAAAUCUAGUUUGAAAUUUUCGUCGGCUCUUUCGAUGAAAAAUCUGUUAGAGAACCUACCGGUCUACUUAAAGCCACCGAAAUGUUCCGGUGAAAA